GGCUAAAGUUUUUCUUCUCAUUGCAAUGCCAUAGAACAAUUUCUCAGAUUUAUUCAGAUAUUGACACUGAUGUCGAAAUAAUGUGUAUUUGAUGCACCAACAAUAAAUACAUACAAUUAACAAACAAAAACCUGAUGUCUAAAACGGCGUUUGUAAGAAAAGCACGGCCACAGAGAGUAGUAGCAUGGCCGAGGGGCCUGAUCCAUCCUCCAAGACUAUCCAAAGCUGCCAGCUGUACGUAACACUUUCGGCCUGCAGAGGGCGACGUGGAGCAGAGGUUUGCGCAGCCAAUGCACCUUUAAUCCGGGUUUAAUCGGGACAAUACUGCGCUACAGUUUUACCCGGUGAUGCACUGAACUGAGUUCAUGGCCUAGACAGCUGGGUGGUCAUCGCUUUUGACUUCAAUAAGGUUAAACAAGUAUUUGCAUUGGAUGUCCUCAUCCUCACGUCUGAGUCGUAUUUUUUGUGUAGCCUAUGCUAAGGGGGUUGUGGGUUUAUCGUUCAUUCUCUUGGCCAAUAGCGGUUAAAGUUGAUACAUCAGUGUGUAUAUACUUGUAAUGAUUAAUAUUAGCAUCACAGGAAAGGCUUCGCUCCUGAGUCACUACGCAGACACCUAUCGGGCCAUCUGCUCAAACCCGCUGUUGCUUCCCCGUGACACCCGUGCCAGUGGUGUCGGUGGAAUGACCAGUUUGCCAGAGUUGUGUUUUACUGGCGUGAGAGAGAGGUGUGACCACACACGUGAACGAUGAAGCCACCUGCAUGCUUGUCUCGCUCUGCAUGUUCUUUACCUCGUCCCUUGCUCACCUCUGGGUUACACAGCAGGUCUCUGCAAACUAGCGUCCUCUUCCUUUCGUCUUCUGUAGGGCUUUUUCAACUUUUUCUACCUUAUUUUAGGCUGUACCGUGGGGCGGGGGAAUGACUCCCAUCUUCUCAGCCGUUUCCUUUUGCACGGUGUGGCCACAAGGGGGCAGCACCUGCAUCAUGACUAGCUGGACAGAAUAUAAAGCGACGCUAUUAGUGCACACGUGACCCAGGCUGCCUGAAAAGUUGACCGAACUCAUGUGCGGCUUCUCCACCAUUUAAGACUACCCCGUGUAAAUUUCAUAAGAUAAACAAACGAAAACUUUCAUAGUCCGGUUGUAAACUAAAGUCCAAAAUGUGCUUCGCUCUUAAAGGUUUUGUUUUUUUGUUUUUUUGUUUUUUUUUAGAGGCUGGAGGGUUUUGUAGAAACAUGCUAGCUCUGUCCACCAGCCUGUGUUCCUCUGCAGUGUCACUGGUGGUAGGGCUGAGUGCUGAGCAGCUACACCAGAGGAGAUCUGUUGACUUUUGGCUGUGUAGGUGGAGGUAUUAUUAUUAGAUGGAGGAGUUCUUGACUGACACUUGCAGCUGAGCCCAUGCAUUAGUACAGUAUGGGCAUUCCACACACACUCAGUCAGUGCAGGACUCACAUGUCCAAAGCCAAGGGGAUAGCCUGGAUUAGGUCUAUCCAGUGGACCAACGCCUGGCCGUGGACUCAGAGCUCAUCUGAACCUCAUUAGCAGCGUUACACGCUGCAUCUCAUUAUUGCUGAAACUAAGACCAGUCUGGGCUUUGACUAUGAUGAUGGAUUCUGUAAUCACAGUUAUUUCAUCAACAGCUCAUUUGAAUGGUGAUUAAAGGUGGGGUGAUGUGUGCAGUCUGGAACCUGCCAGCAGCAACAGCUUGGGCAUGUUCUAGCUGAGGAACUAGACGUCCAAGAUGAACUGGUUGGAGACGCCCAGGAACCAGACGUACCAGAAGAACAGGUUGGAGACGCCCAGGAACCAGACGUACCAGAAGAACAGGUUGGAGACGCCCAGGAACCAGACGUACCAGAAGAACAGGUUGGAGACGCCCAGGAACCAGACGUACCAGAAGAACAGGUUGGAGACGCCCAGGAACCAGACGUACCAGAAGAACAGGUUGGAGACGCCCAGGAACCAGACGUACCAGAAGAACAGGUUGGAGACGCCCAGGAAUCAGACGUACCAGAAGAACAGGUUGGAGACGCCCAGGAACCAGACGUACCAGAAGAACAGGUUGGAGACGCCCAGGAACCAGACGUACCAGAAGAACAGGUUGGAGACGCCCAGGAACCAGACGUACCAGAAGAACAGGUUGGAGACGCCCAGGAACCAGACGUCCCAGAAGAACAGGUUGGAGAAGCCCAGGAACUAUUCAUUUAUACUUUUCCCUUUUGAAAGAUCUGUAUCAUUUUUACAGAUGUGAUUUGCAUUUUACAAUCUUUUGCUAUUUAUUCAUUUUUGUCCUCAGAAUAUUUCCUCCCUGAUGCUUAAACUGCCAUCAGGCUUUGUGAGAGCUGAAUUACUGAGCUAAAUCCUAAACUUUGACUUUAUCUUAAUGCAGUCUUGAAUUAACAUGAAUUCAAACCUCAAAGGUUUUUGCUGGCAGGGCAAUAAGUUUAUGCUACCAACAAGUGUGUUCAUGUGUGCGUGCUUGUGUGUGUUUAAUACUGGGUGUUUUCAUGUGUGUGAGAGACAGUGUGUAUGUGUGGUCAUGUUGGAGUGUACAUAACUGUACUGUAGGUAGCAUCAUACUUGUGUUUGAAAACCCUGGACAUCCUGGUCCUUCAGCACUUUUGCACUGCAAGAUUUAGAUGUUAGUGUUUGUUCUUUGGGCUUUUAGUCCAUUAUAAAUGUGAUUUGAUUGAACAAGGUGCUGGGUGGCUCUACAGAGCACUACAGUGUACUACUCUACAGAGCAGUACAGAGCUCUACAGAGCAGUACAGAGCUCUAUAGAGCAGGACUUUACAGAGCUCUACAGAGCAGUAUAGAGCAGGACUUUACAGAGCAGUACAGAGCUCUACAGAGCAGGACUUUACAGAGCUCUACAGAGCAGUACAGAGCUCUGCAGAGCAGUAUAGAGCAGGACUUUACAGAGCUCUACAGAGCAGUACAGAGCUCUACAGAGCAGUAUAGAGCAGGACUUUACAGAGCUCUACAGAACAGUACAGAGCUCUACAGAGCAGUAUAGAGCAGGACUUUACAGAGCUCUACAGAACAGUACAGAGCUCUACAGAGUAGUACAGAGCAGGACUUUACAGAGCAGCACAGACUGCUUUUCAGCACUGGUGAAUAUUCCAUAAUCUCCAUUAGGACCGGGUGUAUUUGUGGGGAGUAGGGGCAUCUGGCAAUUGUGUGUGCAUGUGUAACAAGUUUCAUUUUAAAAAGACAGUUGCAUUGCAGUUGCACAUAAUGACUGAAAACAUCUUUUUUUGCUCACACUUAUACAAUUACAUUUGCUUUCUGUGAAAAGCUGUUAGAUUUUUACGCAGUGGAGUACCUGCCCUACUUUCUACAAGGGGAACUGUAUAUGAAUACAUAUUAAUGUCAUUUUCUCCCUCUCUCUUUUUUGGUUUUUUACUUUUUUACAUUACAUUCACUACA